AUGUCUGGAGUUUGCACUCCGAAUAAGCCCGACAGAAAUAGCCUUAUCGACGAAAUCCCCAGCUUCAUUCGCACCGCCACUUAUCCCCUAUCCGCCAUUGACUUAUCCUCUUCUCCUGCGCGGGAAAUAGUUUCGAAAUACGAACUUCCGCACAGACUGCAAAAGAUGAGCGAGAACACAAUCCACAGUCUGACUAGCACUUUGGCUACGCAGCCGCUGCUCCUCCCAGAUCCCUCGUUGCAGCCAGGAAACACUCAAGGCGGGGGCGACCUUGCGCAGAUUCCCCACCCAGCUCACAAUCCAGUUGCUCCUCAAGUUCUCAAUCCACCCGUCGUGGUCAACCCUGAUGGUACCAACCCGGAGCAACCAGUCAAGCGUCGUCCUGGGCGGCCGAAAGGCAGCGGGAAGAAGCCAGUGGAUCCGAAUGCGGAGCCCAAGGUCAAGCGACCUGUAGGUCGCCCGAGAAAGGAUGGCUUACCUGCGGGCUCGGUGGGCCCACGGCGUGCGAGCAGGCCACGCAAGCGUCCUCCUGGCACGUUUGCGAGCGGAGGGACAGCGCCUCCGGGCGGUUAUCCCUACGGACCCGCGUUCCCGCAUUUCGCUCCUAGUGACCCUGCACAGGCACAGUGGCGAACUUCGAUCUCUGUGCCCCCCAUGGGAUCUAUGUCUCGCGGCGGUCCUCCGUUGAUCGCGUACCCCAUCGACCCUACCUUGGACCGUGACAACUGGGCAGAACUGGCGCGGGCGAGGCCAGACGUGUUCUUGCAGGCAUUAGUAUCUGCCCUGACUGCGCCCAACCCUGUCUCCACCGCGGGGCCAAGCGUUGAGGAGGCCUUUAAGUCUCAUCUUGUAUCGCUAGCUGCGACGAGCAAAAAUGCAUCGCCGUCGAUCCCCAGUUUGUACUUCACGUUGAAAACGUUCUGGUUGCCCUCCUCGCCGCCAUACUUCUCGCUGACGGCGUCAACUUCCACGGCGCGCACACCGUCCGAGCACCGCUUCUUGUAUUGGGACCCGCAGCCGCUCGUCUUCAACGGCAUCGCAUGUCCAGCGUGCAACACCCCGCUGCAGAACAAUGGCCGCAUCUCAUCUGGGCCGAUUAAGGUGUACGACCUUGGACAGCCGUUCUUCAUCAUCGGGUGUGAGUACGUCUGCAAGGGCCCGUGCGCUGGUGGGUCCCCCGACGGACGCAAAUUCUCCAGCGUCGACGCGUCGAUCCUCCGCGCUCUCCCGUCGAAGCUACUGGACGAGUUCCCUGCGCAUCUACUACCUGGUAACCCUGACUUGGGAAGCGGUGCGGAUGUGUGGACUUGGCACGGCUUGGGCGUGUCUCAACCGUUGUGGAACAUGGUCCGUGCGAGCUUGCGCGUAGGCCUGCGGAAGGACGCUAUCUUGGAGGUUGUGCGUGCGAUCCAGUUCGGAGUGCCCGAGGAGGUGUAUCAGCAGCAAGAAGAGGAGGAGGAAGGGCGAGCCGACGAGGAAGGCAGCCACGAGGAGGAGCAACAGGUUGAUGGUGAGCUCGACUACGCCAAAGACAAGGCUACUGAAGCUUACAAUGAAGCAUGGAACGCCAACAGUGGCGUCCCCGAGGCGCAGGCGAUGGAGAACCAAGCGGGGCCCAGCAACGCCGUAGAGAGCUCGGGGUCCGCAGCGCCACAGGCCGCCCACGAGGACCCAGGCAUCAGCCGCCCCGCGUCGUAUCAGCAGUUCCCGCAAACACCACAGGCCCCUUACGCGAUGGCCUUCCCGUACGCUGCGUACCCAUACUUCCAACCGGGCCAGCAUGCUGAUGCCGGGCAGAACUCAUUGAAGCGCGCGUUCUCGAUCGUGGACGGGUCGCCAGACUCCUCGAUGGGCGAGCCGAUGCAGAAGCGCAUCCGGCACUGCUGCAAGUGCGGCUCAAGCGAUUGCAAGGGAAAGGGCGGGCGUGCGUUCUGCACGAAUCCGUGCCAGGACUGCGGGAAGCUCGACUGCAAGGGGCGUAACAGCAAGCGUCCAGAUAGGACGUGCGCUGAUGCAUGGCCGUGA